AUGAACUGGAACAAGUUCUUUACCGGGGGAACAAAUCACGAGGACGACAGACACGAAGAUGAAACGGAAACGGAAGACGAGGAUGUCACCGAUAGCAAUGGGACGGUGUCUACCGACAAAAGGUCACGCUUUCUUGGAAUACGUUUCCACAAUUCCCCGUACGAUCGCCUGUCGCAACGAUGCAUCAAACCCGUUUUUUUAACGAUCAACGCGGCAACGUUCCUUGCAGGCAUCGUCGGUGUUGUAACAUCGAUAUGGACCCUUACUGACGAUAAAAUAAUGUCAAGAUUGAUGGGCCACCGUUUCUUCCUGAUAACUAUACUGUUUGUUGGUCUCGUCGGGUCUCUGAUGUCGUUGUGUGGAAUUAUUGGGUUAAUUCGAAAAGAAAGGAAGUUUUUGAACAUCUACGCUACGUGUUGCUUGUUGUUUCUCUGCAUUAUAUUUGUUAGCGGUAUAUCGAGUUUCUGGAUCUUCGAGCAUAUCACGAUUAACGUCCAGAAAGACAUGGUCACUACUAUGGAAACUUAUAAUUCCCUUUUGUCGAGUAGAGAAUCCUGGGACAACACUCAGAGACACCUGAAAUGUUGUGGAAUCAAGUCAUCGAGUGACUGGGCCAAGUAUCACGUCAGCAUUCCGAAAAGUUGCUGCGCCAAUUCCAUCGAAGAAUGCAUACGAAUGACGGAUGCCGUAGCAUUCAAGACUGGAUGUUUGAGAAACGCCAUGCUGUUACUCAAGUCACACGUUCACGCGAUAAGCAUAUCCGCGCUCUUGAUCUUCCUGAUCAUAUUGCUAAGCUUCCUGCUAGCAAUCUGCAUCCUGGUUAGAAUGAAGGAACGUCCGUCCACAGCCGAUCGCGGAUAA